CAACAAAUUGUUGAGCCAUAUCGAUAACUGCAAUCGAAAUUUUGGAUAGAUUGUUUAUUUAUCUAAUUGCGGCAAAAACUAAUAGAAUGUCAACGCGACCGCGACGACUAGCAGCUAGGAAGACCCCGCUCGUUAUAGAACUAAGCGACUCGGAAGAAGACGGCACCGUAGCCUCAAAAGACAAUGAUGAUUAUAGGCCAACAGAAACUCGCACACGUUUUGUAGAUCGAGCAGCUGCAACUGCCGCAUCUGGCGCCACUGCCUCUAGGAAACGCUUUCCGUCUACUAAGAACGCAUCAGCAUCAUCGGAUGCGCCAGCAGCGAAAAAAAGGCGCACAAAAAAAGACAAAGAGAAUGAACCAAGCCCAAGCAAUGGCGCAACUGAGGCCGCAGCAGAAGAACCAUUGCCGUCUGCCCAAGAAGUAGACGGAGCUGCUCCAAGUACGACUUCAGCAACAACGACCACUGCACGCAGCUCAUUUUGGGAGCGUCGCAAAGUGUGGAAUAUCCAUGAGCUGCUAGCCGAGACGGAGCACAUCCAGCCAACGGCUGCGCGCAACAUUGUACAGCUGUUUGAGAAUGAAAACACCAUUCCAUUUAUAUGCCGAUAUCGUCGCGACCUGGUGGAUCAUAUAACACCAGAACGUUUGCGCGACAUUCGCAACACAUACACCGAGAUUGUAGAUCUGCGCAAGAAAGCAGAAAACAUUGUGCAUCAAUUGGAGCGCGAGAAUGUGCUCAAUACAGAAAUACGCGAAGAGCUUAUGUGCGCCAAAACCAAUGAGGAACUGGAGUUUCUAUAUGCGCCCUAUAAGCCGGCUAGCAAGGGCACUUUAGCAGAACGAGCCAAGGCCCUGGGACUGCAAGAGUACGCCGACUGUCUGCUUUAUGGCACAGCACCCAAAGUAGAACUGUCUGCAAUUGUGGAUAGAAACAAUGCGGAUUUGGCCAGCGAGGAGCAGGUGUUGGCGGGCAUCUGUAACAUAAUUAUUCACAACAUCAGCAAGAACACCAGUGUAUUGGAGGAGUUGCGUCGGCUACAAAAUGUGCAUCGAAUUAUGCUAAAAUGCAGCAAAGCCAAAGCCACAACAUCGAAGGUAACAACUAGUAAAUCAACAGCUGGCAAUGGGAUUACGGACAAAAAACUGGACAGCUCGAAGUUCGAGAACUACUUUAAUUUCCUAGCCGACGUCAAGUCAACAAAACCACAUCAAACGUUGGCAAUUAAUCGCGGCGAGAAGCACAAGUUUCUCUCCGUCAAAGUGGAGACGAACAGCUAUUUGAAGAAUGACCUAACUCGUUUCAUAUCGGAGCAGUACAUGUCCCAAGGCCUCAACUAUCCGUUACGUCGCGAGGUAUUCAGUCGUGCACUAGAGGAAUGCUUCACCAAGAAAUUGCAACCAUUGUUGUGUCGUCAGGUGCGCGCCGAGCUGAAAGAAAAGGCAACGCGUGCCUCCAUCGAAGUGUUUGGCAAAAAUCUGAAGCAACUUUUGUUGAUGUCCCCGUUGAAAGGUGAACGCAUCCUUGGCAUCGAUCCUGGAUAUACCAACGGAUGCAAAUUGGCGCUUAUCUCCGAGACUGCUGAUGUUCUAGAAACUGGAGUUAUUUAUCCACAUGGCCGACAGGCCAAUCGCAAAGGAGCCGAACAAAAGCUCAUUCAACUUCUCAGCAAAUAUAAUGUUCGCAUCAUUGCUCUGGGCAAUGGCACCGCUUGUCGCGAUACAGAAAUGUGGUUGUCGUCGCUCUUUCAAGCAGGCAUUCUCGACAGUCAAAGUAUUCGUUACAGCAUGGUAAACGAGAAUGGUGCCUCGAUUUAUUCCUGCAGCGAUGUGGCCACCAAGGAGUUUCCCAACAUGGAUAGAAACGAAAUCAGCGCGGUAUCAAUUGCUCGUCGUUUAAAUGAUCCGCUGAGCGAGUACGUCAAGAUUGAGCCACGACAUUUGGGCGUUGGCAUGUAUCAGCACGAUGUGAAUGAGAAGACAUUGACAGAGACGCUCAAUGAUGUGGUGUCCGAGUGUGUCAGCUAUGUGGGCGUCGAUCUAAACACUGCUAGUUUGAGUGUGCUCAAACACAUUGCAGGUUUGUCGGAGAAAAAGGCCGAGAAGAUUAUUGAACAUCGCAUCCAGAAGGGACCAUUCCAAUCUCGCAAGGAUCUCCUCGCGGUGCGCAGCAUUGGCGACAAAACAUACGUUCAAUGCGCCGGUUUCGUGCGCAUCGAACCACUCAGCGUGGGUGGCAAAGUAAAGAAUCCGCUCGACUGCACCUGGGUGCAUCCGGAGAGCUACAAAGUGGCCGAAGCUGUCAUACAGGAAUGUGAGUUAAAACUCUCGGACAUUGGCAAACCAAGAUUUAGGGAACGCAUCAAACAGUUGGCCAUGACAGCGAGCAAAGUUGAGCAGCUCGCUCAACAGCAUAAGUUGCCCACGGAGCGGGUAAAAUUCGUGCUCGAUGCACUGCAGCGUGAACUGUUGCAGGAUUAUCGCGCGGAUCUGGACAAACGGCCGUUGUUCAAGCAAGGACUCACUCGGCUGGAGGAUCUCAGUCUCGGUGAUGUCGUCACAGGUGCUGUCACCAAUGUCACACAUUUUGGUGCCUUCGUAGACAUUGGGGUGGAGCGCGAUGGCCUCAUACACAAGAGUCAUAUGAACAAUUGUGAGCUAAGCAUUGGAGAUCGCAUUAUUGCCUCUGUACUCAAGGUGGACAUGCAGCGACGACAGCUGGGAUUGCGUUUGGAGAACAUGCUGGAGGAGACGGACACAUCGUUCACAUUGAAGACGGAGUAAACACAUCAACGAAACAAAACACACAUUGCAUUUGUAAAGUUUGUUUGGAAGUUUUUAAUGAGUGUCAUCAUCAUGUUUUAUAUCAUCAAUUUCAUUUUGCAUUUUGUUCGUAAUUUGUUUGUUUAUUACUAAAAAUAUUAAUUGUAUGUAUGUAUAUGCAUAUAUAAUAGUAUAUAAAAUGCACUCAAAGCUUAUCAAUUAGUGUUUAAUUGUCUCAUAUCAAGCGUGUCCCCCCUUCAACAUCAUCAUCAUCAGUUGGUUUCAGUGUGAUUCACUCAUUGAUUGAUCAAUACAUUUUGGGCUAUUUUAUUCGUUUGAUAAGCAAGUGUUUGGGUUUUCGUUUUGUUUUUUAUUUCAUUUCUCAAUUUAUUGCCGUUUCAAUAGAAUUGUUAAAAAUAAUUAUAAACAAUUGUUAUACAGUUUACAUUUACAUAAUUACACAAUAAUAUAUAAUAUAUAUUAAAAAAUAUACAUACGUAUGUAUUCAAAGUUAUUGUAUUUCGUUUUAGGUUUUUAUCUCUUGUAUGUUUUUAUGUUGUAUGUUUCUUUUUAUUAGUUUGUUUUUUUUUCUUUUUUGUAUUUUAAUUUCAUAUUCUAGCUACGUGGACUUGUCGCGUAAUCAACCAAUUGGUGUUUGUUUUUUUUAAAUAAAUACAUAUAUUGGAGAAAGUGUUUUAAUGUUACUUAUAUCGCAAAAAGGCCAAUAGAGCAAAUCAUAUACCGAUUUCGACAUACUAAUUCGCUGUGUUGUUCAAUUCAUUAAUUAUUUAUUGUAUAUACGUAGAGAAAGUGUUUCAUAAUUUAUUUUUAUCAUUUAUAAUGAUAGCGUAGGUAAUGAUGUAAGUGUUUUUUGUUUUCUUCUUUAUGCAUGUACUUUUUAAUUUUAAAUAAGAAGUAUUUUUAAAUUGAAUCCCAUUUUUUUCUGGUACAACACAAAAAGCCGUUCAGCAGAAUUCCUGGCAGUUGCCAAAACAAAUUGAAUAUAUAUAUUUAUAAAUUACGAGCGAUCUCGGCUUCAUUUAUGAGAAUAUAGCCUCGAUAUAUAUUUGUUGAAAUAUAUAUGCAUAUGUAAAACCAUAAGAGUGAUUAACAUUAUUAUUAUUAUUAUUGUACGUCAGAACUGAGUGUGAAGGUAACGACUUGAUUUUGCUCUCAGCAAAAUUGUUG